AAACGUUGCAAUUCAAGAGAAAAAAAAAAGUUAGCAAUUGUUGUUAAACAUUUCUUUAUUUCUUCAAAAUUUCCCCUCCGUCUUCUUUUUCUUUCUUAUUUGUUUUUCUUACCAUCCAAACAAAAAAAUAUUAUGGAAAGGCAACCGCAUGCGCUAGUUAUACCAUACCCAGCACAAGGGCAUGUGGCUCCUCUUAUGAAAUUGGCCCUUCAAAUCGCAUCCCAUGGUGUGAAAGUGACCUUCGUUAACACAGAGUCCAUACAUGCAAAAAUCAAGGCUUCUUUACCAGAAAAUGUUGAGGAGGCACACCUGAUAAGCUUAGUUUCGCUUCCCGAUGGACUGGAACUGGACGAUGAUCGAACCGAUUGGGUGAAGUUGAACGACUCCAUUCAUAGAACUAUGCCAGGUUAUUUGGAGGAUUUCAUAUUGAAAGUUAAUGGAUCGAAUGCGAAUCAGAAGUUCACUUGUGUUGUGGCGGACACAUCAGUUGGUUGGGCACUUGAACUGGCCAAGAAAGCUGGACUCCAAGCUGUCGCAGUUUGGCCUGCCGGUGGACCUUGCUUGGCUCUCGCACUUCACCUUCCACAACUUCUUGAGGCCGGAAUAAUAGAUACUGAAGGUUAUAAAACCAAUCUAAAAGGAACCGUGCUGAAAGAUGAAGCAAUCUCGGUUUCAAAGGAUGUGCCCGCCUGGACCAGCACUGAGAUUGGAUGGGGCUUCCCGGAUCCAGUGUUUCAGAAACUUCUUUUUGGCUUUUACACCAUUUUUCCUCAGUAUUACAAAUUUCAGGACUGGUUCCUUUGCAACUCAAUUUACGAGCUCGACUCUGCAGCUCUGCAACUGGUUCCCAACGUUUUCCCCAUUGGGCCAUUGCUUGCGAGCAACCAUUUGGCUACUUUUGCUGGAAACUUAUGGCCCCAAGACUCAACAUGUUUACAGUGGCUCGAUAACCAUGCUUCAGGUUCAGUCAUUUAUGUUGCAUUUGGUAGCUCAACCACGGUGGACUCGCAGCAACUGCAUGAGCUAGCAUUUGGUCUUGAACUUACAGGCCAACCAUUUCUAUGGGUAAUUCGGUCUGAUUUAAUGAAUGAUGGUUCAUUGGCUAAAUUACCAGAAGGGUUCAUAAAUAGGGUAUCAAACCGUGCAAAGUUUGUUGAGUGGGCACCUCAAGAGAAGGUGUUGGCUCACCCUUCAGUGGCUUGUUUCAUGAGCCAUUGUGGUUGGAAUUCAACCAUGGAAGGCCUAACGAUGGGGGUUCCUUUUCUUUGUUGGCCUUACCUUGCUGAUCAGUUCUGCAAUAGAAACUACAUUUGCGAUGUUUGGAGGAUCGGUUUGGGGUUAAGGAAAGACGAAAAUGGCGUCAUAACGAGGGAUGAAAUAAGUUCAAAGAUUAAAACAUUGUUGUCCUCUCAAGAUAUAAAGGCGAAUGCUGUGCAUGUAAAGGAAGUUGCUCAAAAGAGUUUGCAUGAAAGUGGUGGGUCUUCUUGCAGGAACUUCAACAACUUCAUUCAACAUAUUAAGAGCAUUUAGAGCUUGGGACUUUGAAUAUCAAAUUGAGAAAAUUUGGCUCUCAUAGUUGUUUCAAGAAAAUAUGAUUGGAAACUUUUGCUUGCCUCUUGAUUAUGUUAGAAAAACAAACCAACUUUUCAAAAAGUAAAAAAGUGCAGCUAAACAAAUUAUAUUCAAA